UGUUCUCAACAGAUAUCACAAAGCCAAAAGCGCGGUUUUGGAUUCCAACCUGAACGCUCUAAGGUCACCUUCUUCUUCCAUUGAAAUCACAUGUUUGGAAAAUUCAUUUUGGUUAGUACUCAUUGUUCAUCAUUUUACCCUAUGAUCCUUGUUUUUACACUGACACCUUAUCCCUUAGCUUAUCAAUAAAUUCUUGAUUAUCAACCAUACAAGGUAUGUCACUAGUUGUCAUUCAGCAGCAGAAUAUUCUGCAUACAAAGUCCUUUCUAAGUGUCAGAUUAGAUCUGUACUUAAACAAACAACCUCAGUCUAGAAUUUCCAAUCUAGUUUUCAGCUUGGUUUCUAACCACAGUCAUAGAAAACUAUAUCUUGGUGGGACAAAAAUGGUACCUAUUAAUAAAAUCAGGCACAGUUUCUAUCCCGUUGAAUGUCAACAAGGCUUGCCUGAUGAAGAUGAAGAUGAUGAUGAUGAUGAUGAUGAUGUCUGUCCUGUUGAAUGUGUGAGAGAAUUCAAGACUGAUGAUGAGUUCCUCAAAAUUCUAGAUAAGUCUAAAGGAACUGGAUCUCUUGUUGUGGUGGAUUUCUUCCGAACUUCUUGUGGAAGCUGCAAGUAUAUUGAGCAGGGUUUUGCUAAGUUGUGCAAGAAAUCUGGUAGCCAUGAUGUUCCUGUUAUCUUUCUAAAGCACAAUGUGAUUGAUGAGUAUGAUGAAGAAUCCGAGGUUGCGGAACGACUUAGAAUCAGGGCAGUGCCUCUCUUCCACUUCUACAAAGAUGGGAAACUGUUGGAAGCAUUCCCAACCAGAGACAAAGAAAGGAUUCUUGCUGCCAUCCUCAAGUACUCAUCUCUUGAAGCAGAAGAUAUUUUGAGCUAACUUCAAGCUCAAGGGAUGGUGUCACAGCGCCCUGUUGUACGUAUAAAUCAGUCUUUGUGUGUGACAGUAUAUUCAUUAAACAACAUUUUAGUAUUUAUACUCAGAAGAAUAAAAUACUUUAGUCCUGUCAGCCUAAUUCAUUUUGUUGGGAAGUAUCCAGUGGAGAAUUUACCAAAACAGAAAAAGAGUAAUGGUACCUUUUAAUGUUUGCUGAUACUAGAUUAGUAGUAGAUGAUUCUGGCUGUGAAUGUGAUUCAAAACAAAAAUGAGUAUAUGUAAAGUUUAUUUCAUUAAAUUGUUACCAGCUAUCAUGAUUUCCAUAUUUGAUAUGUA